AUGUCUGACAGUGAUAGCGACACAUCCAACAAUGUUUUUACCUUCCAGAACACGAAUACUAUUGUUAGCGCGAAGGGUCCAAACAUUAACGUAUCUAAUUUCAGUUUUCGUAACCCAAUGACUUCAACUAUGUGUAUGCCAAAAAACUUCGAAAGGUCGAGGUAUGCCGAAUCAGUUUGUGACCAAAGAAGUAUGUACUACAGACGUGAAACUUCGCCAAUGUCAAUACGCAGUGCUUGUGAUGUAAGGUCACGGAAUUACCAGCAAUAUUAUCCUACAGCAAGCUCCCAAAAGUCUAUGUUUAGUGGAAGAGGUGGUUCUCCAAUGUCUAUGAGAAGUAUUGAUUCAUCUGCAAGUGUGAGUGCAGCAGAUAUAGCUUUUGCAUUCAAGAAUGUGAAGUUUAAUCGAUAUGAUCUCAAAGUUAUAAAGGAUGCUUACCACAAACUAAUGAAGCAAAGGGUUAGAAAAAGAAUUGAGAAGAGAAGGAACAUGAGGUUGUACCUUAAAGGCAGUAGGAGAAGAUCAGGUUAUGACUCUGGAGAGCUAGGAAGCAACUCCUCAAUCAGCAGUGAUGACUGUAGGUCUGUUAAGACCUCUUAUAAAGAAAACAUGUCCAGCAAUGCAUCAACAAGGAUGAAUUUGACUGAUUUCAGAAGGACUGUCAAUGACAACACAUUCAAAGAUUGUUCUGAAAGUCUAAAACAGAGUGUGUUUAAAAAUAAGUUUCCCAUUGGAAUCAAUAGUGCAAACACUACUAGAAAUUUUAAUAGCUCAGUGAUGCCUUCAAACAAUUUACAAAGCAAUCCUUUUACUUCUCAAAAAGACAGAUUCAAAAAUGGUUUUUUAUUGCCAUCUCAGAGAUUUAACAAGUCAGUAGCUUCAUCAGUAAUAAUGGAGAACUCUGAAAAGUGUUAUAAAACUACAGCAAAUAACCCAAGAAACCAUAAUGCUCAAAAUAGAAACAAUUGUGUAAGUGGUAGUGAAGAAGAAGAAAUAUUUUCAGAAGUGACUGUUAGAGAGAAGAGUCCAUGUAAUAUUGAACCUCAGCGUAAAAGGAGCCUAGAUAGCGAGGAUGAAUGUCUUCCCCGAAAAAAGAAAAGCAGAGUUUUAUCACCAGUUAAGAAUGAUCCAAUUAAUAGAAGAACUCCAACUAAACUAAAGGAUCAACCAAAAAAUGUUGCAUUAUCAAAUAGCUUUGAAUUUGCCAAACCUUCUUUGCCAGUCAGGAAAUCAAAGCCGAAAGUACAAGAAAAGCUCAUAGCUAAAUCAGCACAACCUUUGACAGACUUCUUGGAACCAAUACUUGAUAAAAUACAACAGCCUGUUCAAACAGUACAAGACACACAGCCCGAAGUCUCCCAAGAGAAAUCCACUGAAAAUUUGUCUCAACUUGAUCAAUCUGAAGCAACACAAAGUGACAUGUCUUCACGGCCAAGCUUUAUUAAAAGAAAACUAUUCACACAGACACUGGAUGUUGCAGAGAAAGCUAAUGUGAGCAGUGACAGUACAAACAGCCCACAAAGUGGGGUUUAUCUUCUACAGAAGGAAAAAAACAAAGCUAGAAAGGUGGUGUCCAACCAGUCAUGUCUAAAUAGAGAAGUUCAAGAUGACAGUAAUCUGUUAGAUUUAAUUCAUAAGAUAGUACCUCGUGACCGUAUGAACUUGGUGACUCCAAGUGACAAAAUUGUUGAUAAAACUGUAGAUAAAACGCUCAUGCCUAAAGAUUGUAGAAUUUUGGUGGAAAAGAUGCAACCUAAUGAUGUAGCGCAGCAGCAAGUUGCGAAUAAAGAUGUCAACCUAACAUGUAACAGUGUCACAGUGAGCAGUGUUAAGAAUUCAGCGAAGACAUUUUGGGAUACCGACUUUGAAAGUGAUGCAGAAUGCCAGACUAUACUACCAAGAAUCAAUACACUUGAUAGCUCCAAGAAAGCAAAUACGACAUUGGGAGUAACAACUACUUUCAAAAAGCCAACUGGUUAUGCAAACAUGCAAAUGUUAAAAAAAUCACAACAAAAUCUUGACAAGACGAAACAAUCAAAUAAUGUUACCAUGAAUAGCACUACGAUGAAUAAUACUGUGGAUAGCAGCAUGCGUAAAUUUAAUGCCAGUACCCUGAGCAUCCGAUCACAUCGUAUGACUAAAAAACCUAACUGCUGCAAUCAAACCUGUGUUAGUGAAAACAAUCUAAAAGUAAACAAUCAUAACAAAAUUACUGUAGAAAAUAAAAAAGAUAAGUCUAAAAAGCAAGAAGAUGGACCUGUACAAAAGAUUAAGGCAAAAGAAAAUAAACUAACUAAUAAUCUAACUGUUGUCCCUAAAGCAAAACCAACUAAAAAUGAUAAACCCAAUAAAGCCAAAUCUACGACAAAAAUAAACACAAGUGCUAAUGAAAAAUCUUCAAACAAUAACAAGCAAGCUGUUAGUCCAAAUAAAAAUAAGCAAGUUAGCAGUCCAAACAAAAAUUCCAAAAAGUCUGAUAUAAAAUCAAAAACAGCCAAAUCAAGCAUAAACAAUAAAAAAAAAUCUGAACAACCAAAUAAUAAAAUUGCAAAUGGAAAACAAAUAGACACUCCACAAGUGAAGAACAAUUCUAAAUCAAAACCACAAAAUGAUAUGCAGAAAAAUAAAAACGACAGCCCUAAAGCUAAAUCCAAAUCAAAAGACAGCCUUACAACCAAUGGAGUUCCACCUAAAUCCAAUAAUAACAAUACUGUUAUACAAAAUACAUCUUUGACUGGACGACCAUGGAGGUCAUGUCGUACACCAAGCCAAAGCAGGUCUAUAGAACUUUCUAGAUCCACGCAACUGGACACCUCCAUCGAAAAUAACAAAAGUCUUCGUUCGAGAGUAAUUAAUUUGUCCUCUUCUAUCGAAAACAUUACUAUAAACAUCAAGGCUAGGAAGAAAACAAUGAACAAUAAUAAAAAUAUUUCACAAAUAAAUACAAGAAAGAGUGAUGUAUCAUUCUCGUUGGGGACCGGGACACCGACACCAAAAAAAAGUUUCGCGCGAACUAAAGCCAAUUUUAACAGAAGCAAAAGAAGAACUUAG